UGUAAAAUUCCCAUUCCAAUUUCUGGAUCCCUUAUAUAUUUAGUAUCACAUCAUGUUUGAGAACUCGCUGCUGAUCAUUAAGCCAGACUAUAUACACAAGCGUCGUCCGGUGCUACUAAAGCUGCUGGCCGAAGGAUUCCUGCUUAAGGGUAGCCGCAAGCUUGCCUUCUCCCCGGAAUUGGCAGCCGAGUUUUAUGCGGACUAUGCCGACGAGAAGGGCUUCAUGCUGGAGGUUAUACUGCUCUCCAAGGGCGUCUCUGAGGCUUUCAUUGCGACCAAAGAGAAUGCCGUGCAGUCGUUGCUCAACACCAUGAUUUGCUACUUCGGAACAUCCGCAGACCUAGAGCGCAACAUUCACGUGACCAAAAACGCACAGAGCGUGGCUCGCGAGAUCAACUUUAUAUUUCCCAACUACAUCCACGAGCCCACAGCUUUGUUCGAGCGAAAUAGAUUCUGCAACCGACCUAUGCUGAAACAGCUGAUCGAAGAGGUGUACGACAUCCUGCAGAAUCCGGACUGCAGCCAGGACAACUGGAAGGUGCGGGUGUCCGACUACUUGGUGCGCAGCAAUCCCAAGGUGCCGCGAGUCAGCAACCAAUGCCAGGUGCGUCCCAAAGUGGGCAUCCAGAACAAGGCGCAGCAGACCGUGACGACAUAUCCAACGGCCGCUCGGGACGCCCAGCUGAAUUCCAAGAGUAUCAGUUCCGUGCUGUCCAGCACCUCACCGCACUCCUCCAUGCUGCUAACAUCCUCCUCGUGUGUGACUUGCGGUGGCUUCGAUCGCUCCGAGCCGUGCAUCUGUGAACUGGACCUGAACAAGCGCGUGGAGCCCCAGAGCGAUGAGCCUGCCUGCGUGGAAGAGGAGAUAUUGUGGAAGGAGGUUAUCGUCUAUGAGGAAAUCGUUCCCGAGGAAGAGGAGUCCAAGGACGAACGCUUUGAGAUCGAGGAGGAGGCCGCAGGCGAGGAGGCUGCCAGUUCGGAUGUUGAAUCGGAUCACAGUGCGGUUGCACCGCCUCCGCCCCCAAAGCCUGAAAGCGAGUCUGAGUCUGAGGCAGAAGCUCCUCCAGUUGAUGCCGAAGAGGCGCCCGCUCCAGCUGCGGCUGAUUAGGUCUCCCCCACACCUGUUGCCCCAUCAUUUAAGCUUUUCCAAAUGUUUUUUUCUGUUGCGUUCUGCCUCUAUCCCUGU